UCCUAAUUCCGUCUAUGACUCUAUGGUCAGUUGCCUUGUUCUCAAUCCAGGUGGUUACUGGGUCCAAUGGCACAGGGCGGGGUAUGAUGUCAAGAUUCCCAGGACGCUCAAUGCUCGAAUCAAUUAGAGAUGUGUCGCUCUGAGUUAUGUAGCGAGUUCAUCAAGCCAAAAGGAGAGAUCCUGACAGGAAUUGAUACCCAUGCGACUGGAACACCAAUCCACCUGGUGAACGCAAGUUUGAGAUUGCCUCACUCCUAUGGUUGUGGCGGCGCUAGUCACUUGCCAAGUCUUAAUUCGAACAUCACCAGCAGCAGCCCACCACGACCGACGAUAGAACCAACAAAACACCCCAUACGCAGACCCCUCACCUCAUUUCCAAACACCACGAACCUGGGGCCACUGGCUUUCGCACUCUGAUCUCCUUCGCCAGUAACCCCCACAAACCCCCUAUCCUGCCUCUCCCAACCCGACAACCCACCUUGGCCACUCCUACUCCACCAGGUAC